AUGGUCCAACUCGCCCACAUCUUCAAAAAGGACAAGGACAAGGACAAGGCGAGAGAAAAGGAUCAACUUCCCUCCGACACCAAACCCCCGAAGCCCAAGGCAAAAUCUAAGGACAAGGACGACCCUGAUAGCCCCGGUGGCUCGCCCCGAACCUCGUUCUCCUCCACCAAGUCGCCCGCCAAAUCUCCUACCAAGUCUUCCAGGACUCCGUCCAAGUCUCCCACAAAACCCCCAGCCAAAGGCCGCUUUUCUCAUAGUCGCUCCUCCUCUACCCCCGCAUCCGCUGCCCCUCCUCUGAAAUUCGGCACCCGGUCUUCGAAAGACCAGGACUCUCAUCCGCUCAAUCUUCCCCCCGACGAGCUGCGCCGUCGUCUGUCUGCUAUGGCGGCCUCCCGCGAUGACCAGCGGAGUUCCAUGGACAUUGAUCCUCAGGAGCCCCAGCAGGAUACCAAGGAGGAGCGCAGUCCAACUCCACCUCCGCACCGCUCCAACUCCAAUGCCGACGAGGCAGAUUCCUACAAGCUGGCCGGUAACAAGUUCUUCAAGGAUGGCAACUAUAACCGUGCUAUCGAGGAGUACAACAAGGCGAUCGAGAUCAACCCCAACUCGUCGGCCUACCUAUCCAACCGCGCCGCCGCCCACAUGUCCGCAAAGAACUUCCUGAGCGCUCUCGAGGAUAUCGAGCGCGCAAACGAAUUAGACCCCGACAAUGCAAAGAUCAUGCACCGCUGGGCCAAAAUCCUCACCAGCCUAGGCCGCCCCAGCGAAGCCCUCGAUAUGCAGCGCUUCAUCUCACAAGCCGAGGAGACGCUCGCCGAAGACCGCGGUGGCUCGAUGGCAAUCUUCUGCCUCGACGAAGCGCGCAAGGGUCUCGGCUUCGCCGUCAAGGAACCCCGCAAAUGGACGCUCCUGACUGCCGAAGCCCAGCUGAAAAUGAACAAUAGCAACAGUCUCGGCAAGGCCCAGGAUCUGGCUAUCACUCUCCUCCGCGAGAACUCGCAGGACCCGGAUGCGAUGAUGAUCCGGGCCCGAGCGUUCUAUGCCUCCGGGGAGACCGAGCAGGCCCUGAAGCUGCUGAAGAUGUGCCUCGGGCUGGAUCCGGAUAUGAAAGCUGCUAUAAAGCUGCUGCGCAUUGUGCAGAAGCUGAGUCGGACCAAGGAGGAGGGUAAUGCGGCGUUCAAGGCGAAGGAUUACCGUCGGGCCAUCGAGCUCUAUACACAGGCCCUCGAGGUUGAUCCGGCGAAUAAGGAUAUGAACGCUAAGAUCCUGCAGAAUCGAGCGCAGGCUUAUAUAAACUUAAAGGAGUUCGACUCCGCUAUUGAGGACUGUACCGAGGCUCUCCGCUUGGAUCCUGGGUACGUCAAGGCUCAGAAGAUGCGCGCUAAGGCCUACAGUGGUGCUGAGCGGUGGGAAGAUGCCGUUCGUGAUUACAAGAAUGUUGCGGAGAACAACCCCGGUGAGAAGGGUAUUGCGGAGGAUAUCCGCCGGGCUGAGUUCGAACUGAAGAAGUCUCAGCGCAAGGAUUACUACAAGAUCCUGGGAGUCAGCAAGGAUGCUGGUGAUAACGAGAUUAAGAAGGCCUAUCGGAAAAUGGCCAUCCAGUACCACCCUGAUAAGAAUCCCGACAGCGAGCAUGGCGAUGAGAAGUUCAAGGAGAUCGGCGAAGCCUACGAGACGCUUAUCGAUCCUCAGUACGUCCCCCCUUCCAGCCUGUACGGUUAUUUGGCUACUAACAUAUCUUUUAGGAAACGCGCUGCCUACGACAAUGGUGACGAUCUGAUGGACCCAGCCGACAUGUUCGGUGGCGGUGGCUUCGGUGGCAUGGGAGGCAUGGGAGGCAUGGGAGGAAUGGGCGGCAUGGGUGGUAUGGGAGGCAUGAACGGCACCCACAUCAACAUCGACCCCAACAUCCUCUUCAAUAUGAUGAACGGAGGUGGCGGCGGCGGCUUCGCAUCUGCCGGCGGAAACCCGUUCGGAGGCCAACAACGUGGCGGCUUCCCAGGUGGUUUCUCCUUCUAA